GAACAGGAAGGGCAAGAGUAAGAAAUGGCGCCAGAUGCUGCAGUUCCCGCACAUCAGCCUGUGUGAAGAUCUCCGGCAAGCACUCGAGCGGGACUAUCGCAGCCUGUGUGAAAAGCAGCCGAUUGGGCGCCUGCUCUUUCGGCUGUUCUGCGAGACGCGGCCUGAGCUGUCACGCUGUGUCAAGUUCUUGGAUGCUGUGGCAGAGUAUGAAGUGACUCCAGAUGAGAAGCGGAAAGAGUGUGGGCAGCACCUGAUUGACAGCUACCUAAACCCCAAGAAUGUGGAUCAUGUGCCCGAAGUUCCCUUGCCACUGGUGAGUGCUUGUUCUGAGAGGCUGGAGCAGGAGCCAUCCAAGGAGCUCUUCAAGGAAGCAACCAAGCUCAUCCACGACUAUCUGAGCGUGGCUCCCUUUGCCGAUUACCUUGACAGCAUCUACUUCAACCGCUUCCUGCAGUGGAAAUGGAUGGAAAGGCAGCCAGUGACUAAAAACACUUUCCGCCAGUAUCGCGUGCUGGGAAAGGGAGGCUUUGGUGAGGUGUGUGCAUGCCAGGUGCGAGCCACUGGGAAGAUGUAUGCCUGCAAGAAGCUGGAGAAGAAGCGGAUCAAAAAGCGGAAGGGGGAGUCCAUGGCCCUGAACGAGAAGCAGAUCCUGGAAAAAGUGAACAGUAGGUUUGUAGUGAGCUUAGCCUAUGCAUACGAGACUAAAGAUGCCCUCUGCCUGGUACUGACCCUCAUGAAUGGAGGGGACCUCAAGUUUCACAUCUACCACAUGGGUGAGGCUGGCUUUGAGGAGCCUCGGGCGGUGUUCUAUGCAGCUGAGAUUUGCUGCGGCCUGGGGGACCUGCACCGGGAGAGGAUAGCGUACAGGGACUUGAAGCCAGAGAACAUCUUGCUGGAUGACCAUGGUCACAUUCGUAUCUCAGAUCUGGGGCUGGCUGUGCACGUGCCCGAGGGCCAGACGAUCAAAGGCCGGGUGGGGACAGUUGGCUACAUGGCUCCCGAAGUAGUGAAGAACGAGCGCUACACGUUCAGUCCCGACUGGUGGGCUCUGGGCUGUCUUGUCUAUGAGAUGAUCGAGGGCCAAUCUCCCUUCCAGCAAAGGAAGAAGAAGAUCAAGCGGGAGGAGGUGGAGCGGCUGGUGAAGGAUGUACAGGAGGAGUACUCGGAGAAGUUCUCGCCUGGCGCUCGCUCCCUCUGCUCCAUGCUGCUGUGCAAAGACCCUGGGGAGCGGCUGGGGUGUCGAGGAGCUGGCGCCCAGGAAGUGAAGGAGCAUCCCCUCUUCAGACACCUGAACUUCAAGAGGCUGGAAGCCGGCAUGCUGGACCCCCCCUUCAAACCAGACCCCCAGGCCAUCUACUGCAAGGACGUGCUGGACAUUGAGCAGUUCUCCACGGUGAAGGGAGUGGAGCUGGAGCCCACAGACAAUGACUUCUACCAGAAGUUCGCUACAGGGAGUGUACCCAUCCCGUGGCAGAAUGAGAUGAUUGAGAGCGAGUGUUUCAAGGAGCUGAAUGUCUUUAGCGUGGAUGGCGCAGUGCCCCCUGACCUGGACUGGAAAGGACAGCCUUCUCCACAGCCCAAAAAGGGCUUGCUACAGCGCCUCUUCAGCAGACAGAGGUGAGCAGCCCCUCUUCCGGCUGCUCUGCUCAGGGAAAUACCUGGUGGCCUAGACUCACCUGCGGACAUGGCAAGACCUGGGGAAGAGGAGUCUUGUCCUUCAGUGCCUAACCCCCACCCUUCCCACCCCAGCAGAGCAGAUGCUGCUUGUGUGUGUGAAUCACCCCGUGAACCACUAACCCUGCUUCCCUGCACUCUCGCUGCCUCACCUCCGUGUGAGAGGGGCUUUGCCACUGCUGUCCGCUCAGUCAGAGCUUCCCUGCAUUACCACUGCUGUGGGCCCUGCUCCCAGAGAGGGGCUCCAGGAAGCCAAAGGCUCCUGCUGACCCUUGACCAACAUCCUGGGCUCUGAGUCUCGCCUGUAGGGUUUGGUAUAUUUGUAUAAGUCUGUAUGUACUGAGGGCACAAGGAUUGAUUGCGAUGGGCUCCGAGAGCUACCUUGCCCAGAUCCCUGCCCUCUCCCUGCUGAGGGAGCCGGCUGCUUGUGGGCCCCAGUGAUCCAGGGGCGGGGCACUGUGCUGUGUGGGGUGCAGACAUUGGGUCAGACAUGAGCUGGCUGCUGUUUGUCUUCUGCACCUCGAUGGUUUUCAGUCUGGGCAAGGCCCGUGAGGUCCCACCUCAAGCCGCUGAGCUGGCCAGUAUAGGAUUGUUCCUCCACUCAAGGGCAUGUCCCCUGGGAGAAGGCCCUGCUGGAAGGACUCCCUUGUCUGUUCCCCUCCCGAGGGGGUUGGCUCUCUUCCCCUGGCUCUGAGUCCCUUCUCUCGCAGGCGGGGUUCCCGCCCUGCUCAGGGCAGCUGGGGGGUGUUGUUUUGUACCAUGCUCACCCUCUGCUUGCUGUGCUCCUCUCUCCCUCUCCUCCCUCUUGUUGCCCUUCUGACUUCAGGACUGUUGUGGAAACUGCAGCGACAGUGAGGAAGAGCCCAGCCGGCUGUAGAGCCCAGCCUGUUCUCCGGGCCUGGACCCUCUUGCCUCUCCCAGGCACCCAGCCCUGCAGCACCCAGCCUGAUGGACAAGGUAGCAGCUGCCCUGCCAAAUGGGAUUUGUUUACAGUUUUGCACAUUUCUAUGUUGAGACACUCGAUGUACAGCCCCAGAAAGAUGCUCUGGGCUGUGAGCAGCAAGCCCCGCACCAGGGAACACUGCAGCAGGGCCUCGCUGUGCUUGGGGAAAGCACAUGGCUGGGAAGACCUGGAUGCUUCCGAAUCUGCUGCUUGGGAUUGCUCUUCUGCCGCUGCUGCUCCCCUUCUCAGCCCCGCUGCUCCCCUCCACCGGGAAGGGAGGGAUCCCCCAGCGCAUGGUGGGGCUGCCAGGGCGGGAGCUGGCAGAGCAGGUCCAGUGACACAUUCCAGUAGCUGGCCAGUCUCGCAAGCCCCAGGUUUGAUAUAUUUAUAUAGGUCUGUAUGUAUGUAUAUAUCAUGCAUAGGUUUGUAAUUUCUUGGGGGAGGGGGUCCUUCUGCAUUACUCCUCCCCCUCCCAUGGACUCUUGGCACAGAGGGGGAGCUGCUGUGCCUGCUCUGCCCUGGAAGUCUUGGUCAGGGGCCCCUUGGCCACUUCUGGCGCCUUAACGUGUCUAAAGCAUCUUCCCUAGGACCCUCUGGGACUGCUCCCGAGGCAGCUUGUCCUCCUGGGGGCGUGCAGCUGCUGUCUUCUACAGCACAGGCUAGAAGGGAGGUCCAUUGUGCACACAUUCCCGCAGCCCUUUGGGCACAGGAAAGCACCAUGCCAAAGCAUUUACCACUAAAAAGCCCAGCUGUGGGACCAGUCAAUGCUUCACCUCACCCCCUUUGCCCUGCUGGGCACCUUUCCUCCUUGCCCACCCUGGCACUCACUGCCUCUGGCCCCUCUGCUGGCAGCCAGGAUCACCCCGGCGGUUUGGGGCUGCAGUUCAGCAUCCGCCGCUCUCUGCAGCGAGGCGGGAUGUGGCCUUUCCCAAAUAGAGCUGCAAGCCAGGCUGGCUUCUGGAUUCUGCAUGUGGUGUGGGGUAACUGACCAGCUGCCCUGGCUGCUGCUAAGAGCCAUCGCGGACAGCUUGGGUAGUCCCCUGGAGGAGCUGCAGCAGGAGUCCGGCUCACUGCGCUGGCUGCCACAGGCCAUCGGUGCCCAACGUGUCUGUUACCCUCAUAGCUUUGGCUUUGUGCAGCCUCCAUAGGAAUGUGGCAGUGGGGCCGAGCCUGCUGCCUGUGUCCAGCUGUGGGGCUGCAGCUCUGCCCUGCUCGGAGGUACUGAGCUGCUUUCAGUGGAACGGCCCCACUCAGGCACACCACCUCC